AUGACGGCCGCCAGCAGAGGCGCAUUCGCCGCCCUCGGGCGCAUACGACCCACCCCUAGAGUCUGCCAACAAUGCGCGAGGGUCCAGAUCCGAGCUCCAACUCCCUCGCGGGCGUACUCGGGCGCCGCCGCCGCCGCCUCGACGACGACUGACCCGACGACGACGACCACGGCGCCUCCUCCAAACGUCGGCAUUUCUCCUGAGCCCAAGACGGCGCGUCAGACGGGUCCCAACUACCAUAUCAAGGCCGGCGUGAUCCUGACGCGGGCGCCCCUCCUCACGCGACCCCUGACGGCCUUUGAGCAGGCCUACUUCUUCUACCAAAAGCGGCUCAACGAGCGCCUGUCGCUGCCCUUCAUCACGUCCGUCUACUUCAAGCCCGAUACCCCGGCGCUCAUCGAUUGGAACAUGAAGGUCAAGGACCGACAGGGCACCGUGGCAAAGGAGCUCGGCGUGUACAACGGCAAGGCCUCGCAGGCGUGGGAUGACGAGCUGAUGGUCGGCGACGGGCUGAGCAACCACGACACGACGAUCGAUCUGCUGUUGAAGGACUCCGUCAUGCGCGUGAGUGACGACGCCGAGAUCAUCCCUGAGGAGGACCGGGCGCCUCCCGAGCCCCUCGCGCCGCGAGUGUCGGAGGCGGACCACAAACGCGACACGACAAGGCUGGACCGCGCCAUGGACCGCACUCUGUACCUGGUCGUCAAGAAGGUUUCCAAGGACGGUGCCAAGUGGGAGUUCCCCGCGGCUGGAAUGUCCACAGAAGAGAACCUCCACGAGGCUGCGCAGAGGAUCCUUGACGAGACGGCGGGUGUCAACAUGAACACGUGGAUGGUCGGUCGUGUGCCGGUCGCCGCCUACGUGAAGAAGCCUACGACCACCGAGGACAAGGGGCAAAAAACGUUCUUCCUCAAGGGCCGCAUCAUGGCGGGCCAGGCGGACCUGUCGGCCAACAAGCACCAGUACAAGGAAUUCAAGUGGUUGACGCAGGAGGAGCUCCAGGAGGUGCUGGAGCCCGGGUACUACCGCAGUGUACGAAACAUGAUGGUGGACCGGUAA